AUGGCAACUUUAUCUCCCAUCAUUCUCCUACUACUUUCCAUCGCUCUCUUCCCACUCAUCGUCCAUGGCGACAAGGAGAAGGAGAAGCGCGCGCACGCGCUGAUCCACAGCACGUGCAAAACCAGCGCGAAGAAAGACUCCAACGUGGACUACGCGUUCUGCACCGCCGCCCUGCAGGCGAGGACGCCCGGGGAAUGCGACACGCUGCGCCACAUGGGGAUGACGGUGAUCAAGCUGAUCAUGAGCAACGCGACGGACACGAGGCGCCACAUCAAGGAUCUGGUGAAGCGCGGGAAGGUGAAGAAGGCGUUGAAGCGGUGCGUGGACGAGUGUUAUGAGCACUACACGGAGGUGGUCCCGCACGUGGGGGAGGCGUUGAGGUAUUUCAAGCAUAAGAGGUAUAAUGACGCGGACACUAAGAUCUCCGCCGUCAUGGAGUACGCGGUGGACUGCGAGGACUUGUUCGUGGAGAAAAGCGGAGGCGGAUGCGGCGGCGGGGCGUCGCCGUUCCCGGCCAGGAACUACGCCACGUUUGAGCUGUCCGCGAUGGCGCUGUCCGUCAUGCAUCUGAUUAAGGAAGGGAAAGUGCAUUGA